GUAGCUCGGUGGCUGUUUUAUUUAGCAGACGGUGACACGAAAGUUGUUGACAUCUACUGUUUUUUAACGAUGGAGCAGUUUAACGAAGGGGACAUGAAAAUGUAUUUUUAUGAAAACAGGCUGAAAACUUUUGAGGGUUGGCCGUUUGACGCAGACUGCGCGUGCACCCCGCAGAACAUGGCCAAAGCUGGCUUCAUCCACACCCCUUCAGAGAAUAGCCCAGACAUCGCCAUGUGUUUCUUCUGCCUCAAAGAGUUAGAGGGCUGGGAGCCGGAAGAUGACCCUGAAAAGGAGCACAAAUCUCAUUCGCCAUCAUGCCACUUCAUCACCCUGAAGAAAAAAGUGGAAGAGCUGACUGUGGAAGAAUUCGUCAAACUACAGAAGGAGAGACACAAGUUCAUCACUAACAAAUCCUGUAAAGAGUCCAUCACUAAGUUUGAAGAGGCAGCCAAAUUGAGAAGAGGAGAUAUUAUCAAGACAGCCAUGGGUGAAGAGUGACGCAAGAAUAUAUGUGGAUGUGUCAUCGUUUAAGUCUACUGUUUUCAUGUAAUCUGUUUUUUAUUCAUUAAAUGUAUUUCUCUUACUUACAUUGUAUUGUAUGUUAUUAGUUACA